AGGUUUAAUAGGUAAAGCGUCACGUGAUAAUGACUUGAUAAGGUGCUUUUGGUUAUAAUAACGCUUAAGAACUUGUAAGCCUUUCUGUGAACUUGCAACUUGCAUCAAACUACAACCACACAAACGUACCUCUUCGGCUUAUCAUGAUACACCUUUUCAAGGCAUCAGCCCGUAUUAAUUGUGUUCCAUUAUCAUUUUCUCUUCGAUUUCAAAAAGUUAGAUCGAAUUUGAAUACGCGGCUAAGCGCUGCAUCUUUUCACACAUCAAAUGCGAUGGAGGGAGACAAUCGCUUCGAGUACAAAUGGAUCGAUGGUGUAGAGUCGCUUGAAAAAUACAGGCCUGGAGGCUAUCAUCCCAUCAUGAUUGGAGACAUGCUCCACGAUCGAUAUCGCAUUGUGGAUAAGUUGGGGUUUGGAGGCUAUUCUACAGUCUGGCUUGCUCAUGAUAGUCUCUUGGGGCACUAUGUCGCCGUUAAAGUCGGCAUAGCAGAUUCACUUCCAAACGAGGUGAAAGUUCUUCGAGCGCUUUCUACAGACCUACCUUCGUCAUCGCCAAUUCAUCGUGGCCGCAAUUUAGUCGCUUCGCUCUUAGACGAAUUCAAAAUAGAUGGGCCGAAUGGGACGCAUCAGUGCUAUACGAUGACCCCCGCACGAUGUAAUCUCAGCGAGAUUUCCUUCAGCCGUCUUUUCCCUCUUGAGGUCGCACGGGCGCUGUCCUUCGGGCUCGUGCUAGCCAUUGGGUACACACAUUCAAGAGGCUACGUUCAUGGAGAUGUUCAUCUUCGGAAUGUACUGCUUGGACUACCUUCAAGCUUCGACCAGCUUUCAAUUCAAGAACUAUAUGAGGAAUACGGGGAGCCAGAAGCUAUUCCUAUUGUGCGACGCGAUGGAAACCCGCUUUUGCCCAAUGCCCCAGCGAAGGCAGUGACGCCGCUCUACCUUGGCGAAGAUGCAGGGAAGCUCUCACUAUCCGAUGUACGUGUGCUUUUAAGUGAUUUUGGGGAGGCAUUUACACCGACCUCUGAAGUCCGCCGAGGAAAAGACUGCCAUACGCCACUUGCUAUGCGACCCCCAGAAGCCCGCUUUGAGCCCGAGGCUCCGCUCUCAUACUCGGCAGAUAUUUGGAGCUUGGCUACAGCAAUCUGGGAUAUUAUUGGCAUGAAGGCUAUUUUCAACGGUGAAUUCGCGACUGCGGAUGAUGUUGUAUCACAGCAAGUUGAUGUGCUAGGACCUAUGCCCUCAAAGUGGCGAGAGCGCUGGGAGGAACGGUCUCGAUUUUUCGAUGACAAUGACCACCCAAAGGACGGCCGGUAUGUGUGGCCUCCGAUCGAAGAAGCAUUCGAAGAAGGCAUCCAGAAAUAUCGCCGGAAGUUAAGAGUGGGGGAGUUUGACAAAGAAGAAGCCGCAGCUAUUCUUGAUUUGAUGCGCCGGAUGCUGACGUUUCUACCGGAAGAACGACCGUCGAUAGAAGAAGUUCUAAAGUCGGAAUGGAUGGUUAAGUGGGCUUUACCCGAUUUUGAGAAGGCUCUACAAACCCAUACUUAGGUAAAUAACAUUGUCAUGCUAUCAAUUUAGACAUUGGGGGACAUGUUCUUUCUAAUUAGAUGCAACGUAAAACCCAAGAUAUAUUUCCAGCUAUCUAAUAUGAAGUCUAAAAUUCAUGCUCA